AUGGAGCUCCGACCCUACCAGUGGGAGGUGAUCAUGCCUGCCCUGGAGGGCAAGAAUAUCAUCAUAUGGCUGCCCACGGGAGCUGGGAAGACCCGGGCAGCUGCUUAUGUGGCCAAGAGGCAUCUAGAGACUGUGGACGGAGCCAAGGUGGUUGUAUUGGUCAACAGGGUGCACCUGGUGACCCAGCAUGGUGAGGAGUUCAGCUGCAUGCUGGGCGGACGCUGGACCAUGAAGACCCUGAGUGGGGACAUGGGGCCACGUGCUGGCUUUGGCCACCUGGCCCGGAGCCAUGACCUGCUCAUCUGCACAGCUGAGCUGCUGCAGAUGGCGCUGACCAGCCCUGAGGAGGAGGAGCAUGUGGAGCUUACUGCCUUCUCCCUGCUCGUGGUGGAUGAGUGUCACCACACUCACAAGGACACCGUCUACAAUGUCAUCCUGAGCCGGUACCUAGAGCAUAAACUGCGGCAAGUGCGGCCCCUACCCCAGGUGCUGGGUCUCACAGCUUCCCCAGGCACUGGUGGGGCCUCCAAGCUCGAGGGGGCCAUUGACCACGUCCUGCAGCUCUGUGCCAACUUGGACACGUGGCGCAUCAUGUCACCCCAGAACUACCACCCCCAGCUGCAGAAACUCAACCAACAGCCCUGCAAACAGUAUGACCUCUGCCACAGGCGCAGCCAGGAUCCGUUUGGGGACUUGCUAAAGAAGCUUAUGGACCAAGUCCACGACCACCUGGAGAUGCCCGAGUUGAGGAGGAACUUUGGGACGCAGAUGUACGAGCAGCAGGUGGUGGAGCUGAGCCAGGAUGCUGCUAUGGACGGGCUCCAGCAGCGGCGGGUGUACGCGCUUCACCUGCGGCGCUACAAUGACGCGCUGCUCAUCCACGACACGGUCCGGGCCGUGGACGCCCUGGCUGCGCUGCAGGAUUUCUACGACAGGGAACGUGCCACUAAAACCCAGAUCCUCCGUGCUGAGCGCCAGCUGCUGGCGCUGUUCGAUGACCACAAGAAUGCACUGGCCGACUUGGCGACUCACAGCCAAGAGAACCCGAAACUGGAGGUGCUGGAACAGAUCCUGCAGAAGCAGUUCGGGAGUCCCGACAGCCCCCGAGGCAUCAUCUUCACCCGCACCCGCCAGAGCGCUUACUCCCUCCUGCUCUGGCUCCAGCAGCAGCCCAGCCUGCAGAGACUGGACAUAAAGGCCCAGCUGAUGAUUGGGGCCGGGAACAGCAGCCAGAGCACCCACAUGACCCAGAGGGACCAACAAGAAGUGAUCCGGAAGUUCCGGGAUGGCACCCUGAACCUUCUGGUAGCCACGAGCGUGGCGGAGGAGGGGCUGGACAUCCCACAGUGCAAUGUGGUGGUGCGCUAUGGGCUUCUGACCAAUGAGAUCUCCAUGGUCCAGGCAAGGGGCCGUGCCCGGGCCGGUCAGAGUGUGUACUCAUUUGUGGCAACUGAGGACAGUCGGGAGCUGCGGCGGGAGCUGACCAACGAGGCGCUGGAGGCUCUGAUGGAGCAGGCAGUGGCUGCAGUGCAGAAGAUGGACCAGGCUGAGUACCAGGCCAAGAUCCAGGAUCUACAGCGGGCAUCGCUGGUCAAGCGGGCAGCCCGGGCAGACCUGCGGAACAGCCAGCGGCAGCAGUACCCAGCAGAGCACGUGCAGCUCCUCUGCAUCAACUGCAUGGUGGCUGUGGGCCACGGGAGCGACCUGAGGAAGGUGGAGGGCACCCACUACGUCAACGUGAACCCCAAUUUCUCGAUCUACUACACUGUCUCCCAGAAGCCUGUGGUCAUUGACAGAGUCUUCAAGGACUGGAGGCCUGGGGGCGUCAUUAGCUGCAGUAACUGUGGGGAGGUCUGGGGUCUACAGAUGAUCUACAAAUCAGUGAAGCUUCCGGUGCUCAAAGUCCGCAGCAUGCUGCUGGAGACCCCUCAAGGGCGGAUCCAAGCCAAAAAGUGGUCCCGUGUACCCUUCCCUGUGCCUGACUUCAACUUCCUGCAGCACUGUGCCCAGAGCCUGUCAGACCUCACCCUGGACUGACCACCUUGUCGUUGCAGUGCCCGCCUCAGGGUGCAGGGGGGCAGAAGAGUCUGCAGCAGGUGUUAUCUUCUCCUGGGCAAAGCCUGGGUCGAGGUUCCUCCUUCCUGAGUCACCCGCUCU